UAUUCAGGCGGCGCUGAGGGAGCCCGUCGCGCCCGGUGCAUUGUGGGACCGCGCUGGGAGUCCCGUUCGCGGGAGGAGGCGGAGGGCGAGGAGGCGGCGAGAGCCGACUGAUCAGCAGAGAAACUGAUCCCGUUGCUCUGGGGUAGGAGAGGCCGGCAGUCUGUGGGAGAGAGCCAUGUCUGUUCGGGAGUCGUUUAACCCGGAAAGUUACGAACUGGACAAGAGCUUCCGUCUGACCCGUUUCACUGAACUGAAAGGCACAGGCUGCAAAGUGCCACAGGAUGUCUUACAGAAACUGCUCGAAUCUCUACAAGAAAACCAUUUUCAGGAAGAUGAACAAUUCUUGGGGGCAGUUAUGCCCAGGUUGGGAAUUGGGAUGGACACUUGCGUUAUUCCAUUAAGACAUGGAGGUUUGUCAUUAGUCCAGACGACAGAUUAUAUUUAUCCUAUUGUGGAUGACCCUUAUAUGAUGGGACGGAUAGCAUGUGCCAAUGUCCUAAGUGACCUUUAUGCCAUGGGGGUCACAGAAUGCGACAACAUGUUGAUGCUUCUUGGAAUCAGCAAUAAAAUGACAGAUAGGGAAAGAGACAAAGUGAUGCCUCUAAUUAUCCAGGGUUUCAAAGAUGCAGCAGAAGAGGCAGGAACAUCUGUUACUGGUGGCCAAACAGUGUUAAAUCCCUGGAUUGUUUUAGGAGGAGUGGCCACGACAGUCUGUCAGCCUAAUGAAUUUAUAAUGCCAGACAAUGCAGUGCCAGGAGAUGUGCUUGUAUUAACUAAACCCUUGGGAACACAAGUGGCUGUGGCUGUCCACCAGUGGCUAGAUAUUCCUGAAAAGUGGAAUAAAAUCAAACUCGUGGUAACGCAGGAGGAUGUAGAACUAGCAUACCAGGAAGCAAUGAUGAAUAUGGCACGGCUGAACAGGACAGCUGCUGGACUCAUGCACACUUUCAAUGCACAUGCAGCUACAGACAUCACAGGAUUCGGGAUCCUGGGGCAUGCACAAAACCUUGCCAAGCAGCAGCGAAACGAGGUGUCCUUUGUUAUUCACAACCUCCCCGUCCUGGCUAAGAUGGCUGCUGUCAGUAAGGCCUGUGGCAACAUGUUCGGCCUCAUGCAUGGGACUUGUCCAGAGACUUCAGGAGGCCUCCUCAUCUGCUUACCACGAGAACAGGCAGCGCGUUUCUGCGCCGAGAUCAAGUCCCCAAAAUACGGCGAAGGCCACCAGGCGUGGAUUAUUGGCAUUGUAGAGAAGGGCAACCGCACGGCCAGGAUUAUAGACAAACCCCGGAUCAUUGAAGUGGCACCACAGGUGGCCACUCAGAACGUGAACCCCACGCCCGGUGCCACCUCUUAAUAGAGAUGAAAUAGCUGUUUGUUUUUGAAUAGAUCUAUUCCUUUUUCAUCCUACAAUUUAAAGAACUGUAAAAAGAAAAGAAAACUUGUUGUGUCUGCACAUCUGGUGGCCUUAGGUCAGUUUAUGAGUGGAUACAAAUAAUAAAAUAAAAUCCAUUGCCUUUUUUUCCUGUUACAUUAACUGAAGAUGCACCUAAUCUUGAGGCAGCUUCUGAGUUGAGAAUUAUAUUGUUAUCCAAUACUGUUGAUUCAUUUUGAAUCUUUAGACACUUAUCUCUUGCCGCAUAGGCUCUUUUUAAAGGUGCUUUCACGUAGCACAGACAUUACCAGUAGUAGUGUCGAAUAGCAGUUUGUGUCCUUUCAUUAUGUGUGUAUUUAUCAUGAGUCUAAUUUUGAUGCCUUGAGUGAUAUUCCAGAAAGGCAAUAAAUUGACAAGCGACACAGUGGGUUACCCAGUAGUAAGAGGUUGCAUGAUUGCAUUCAAUCUUUGAUUUUUUUUUUUUAAGUUUUUUUUUUUUUUAAGUUUUUUUGUAAGGUUUAGUCUUACCAAGAGCAUCUACAACCCUGGACAUUGCUUGGUAGUGCACACAGUUUAAACAGCAAGUGCUGACUUUUUGCAUGGAAAGCGCUUCAGAGUCGAAGGAGUCAUUUUGAAUUUCAUUAUUUGUAGACCUGACAAUAUUUACUGUAUUAUCAAUGAUUGUUUUCUUUAUUGAUAGUAAGGACAAAUAAUUUUUUUUUUUUUUUUUUUUUUUUGCAACGUGAUUGGAUGUGCUAUAGUGCAACAAAGGUUUUGCAGACCAAAAGGUUACUGUAUAAUAUUCAUUUACAAUUCACUAUAUAAAUAACUACACAAAUAAUUUUUAAAUAUAAUCAAACUAAAAUAAACCUCUGUUCUGUGGAUGGUAGUGUUUAAUACAUUUUAUAUUUUGUAUAGUGAUUACAAGCCUUUUUUGUUUCUUUAAAAAUCAGCAGCUGUUUAGUAUAAUUCUUAGUAUUAUUUUGUUCUUUGCUCAAAUACAAUUUUCUGCACGCUUUUGUGAUCUGUGUUUAAAACCGACAUUGCCAACAAUGCAGCUUGAACUUAAGCUUGUUAUUCAAAAUAAAUAUUUAAUUUUUUUUAUUGCUCUUGUA